ACAACUAUUAAUUCAAAAGAAAAAGUUUCCGUUGCUAAAAAACGUUGGGGGCUACUCGCUAAGGCUCUGCAGAGCCCAACUCAGCUUACAACACACUUGGAUAAAAUAUCAUUACGUCGAUUUUCAAGCUACACUUUAAUUGAAAGCAAUCGCUUAUUACAAGAUGUAAAUAAAUCCAUUCAUGAAGAAUGGUAUGAGUAUACAGCACGUUUUGAUGAAAAUCAUGCAUAUAGUGUACUAAUAUGCCAUCCAAAACGAACAUUUACACCCGCCGAAUUGAGUGGAUUCAAUAAUACGGGUAAUAUAUGUAUAUGGCCAUCAGAAGAAACAUUAGCAUAUUAUUCAUUAUCAAAUCCAAAUAUAUUUGCUGGACGUACAGUGCUAGAACUUGGCGGUGGAAUGUCAUGUUUAGCUGGCUUAAUGAUUGCAACACAUUUGAAUUCAGUUUGUGUACAUUUGACCGAUGGAAAUGCAACGGCUGUGGACAAUGUAUAUCGAUCAAUAAAAAAUAAUAUACCAAAAAAUAAUUGCUUAAUAUCAUGUUCUGUAUUAAAAUGGAAUCGUAAUGAAAAUAUUAAAGAUAUUAUUCCAUAUGAUAUUAUUAUAUGUGCCGAUUGUUUAUUCUUCGAUGAAUAUCGUAUCGAUUUAAUUGAAACAAUAUGGAAUCGUUUAACUGAUAAUGGUAUUGCAUUAGCAAUGGCUCCGAAUCGAGGUAAUACAUUACAAGAGUUUUUAAUUGAAGCAAAAUUCAAAGGUUUUUAUGUGAAAAAAAUGUAUUAUUAUAAUAAACGUGUUUGGGAUCGACAUGUAUCCUUGCUGGAUAAUCCUGAUUAUAAUGAAGAUAUACAUUAUCCAAUUUUAUUACAAUUGACCAAAAAA